GUGCUAAUAGUUUGGGAUAGCUCUUGGUUCAAUCACUUUUUCUGCAAAGUAAAAAAACCCCUCUUAAUUGCAUACACACUUAUGCAUAUAUUUUCAUUUUAUAGUCUCAUUUUCAGUCCAUUAUUGUGAUUGCUUUUACUUUCUUUUCUUCCUUGGGAAGUUUUACUAACAAAUAUAUGCUUCGUUUUAGACCCUUCGUUCUCUGUUGCACUGGCACUGAACGUUUUAGUCAGCACUCUGUUGCUGUUUCUGUUUUCUUGCAUGUUAUUGCUAGUACCAUCUUGUGAUCCACCCCAUAUUAUACUUAGAUUGGCCAUGAGUUUUUCCUGUUCCGUUCCUUGAAACUACAUAUUUUCUUGAGUGGCAUUUUCUGCCUUGAUACUGAGAAUGGCUAUGAGAUUUUUAUCAUGGAAGUGCAACUUUGUUCUUUGUUUUCUGUUCAUCAUUUUGUGUUGUAAGGGCAAAGACUCUUCAUUGACAACAAUGAAGAAAAAAGAGAAGGAGGUCAUAUACUCUGUUAUUCAACUGUUUGUGGGAAAGUGGUGGAACGGUUCAUAUCUUUAUCCAGAUCCUUGUGGAUGGACUCCUAUACAGGGAGUUUCCUGUGAGCAAUAUGAUGAUGGCUUCUGGUAUGUGACUACUGUAAACUUUGGACCAGUUUUUGACAACUCUCACAUGUGCAGCCGUGAUGCCAAAUUCCCUCAACAACUGUUCAAUCUGAAGCACCUAAAAGUCCUCUCUCUGUCAAGUUGCUUCCUUUCCCCUACCAAAAAUCCUGUUAAGCUCCCUCUUUCAAACUGGGACAAGUUCUCACACAGUUUGGAAUCUUUAACACUUAGAUCAAACCCUGGUCUUGUUGGAACCAUUCCAUCAGCAAUUGGCAGCCUCAGGAAGCUUCAAUCUUUGGUACUGCUGGAAAAUGGACUAAUAGGUAAACUACCACCAAGUAUUAGUAAUUUGGUCAGGUUGAGGCAACUAGUCCUUGCAGGAAACUAUUUGGUGGGUGAGGUUCCAGACAACUAUGGAGGGCUUUCUGAGCUUUUAAUAUUUGAUGCAAGCAGGAACAAUCUAUCAGGAGUUUUGCCAUCAACACUUGGAUCUUUGGAUUCACUUCUAAAGCUUGAUUUGAGUAACAACAUGCUUGAGGGAAAGUUGCCAAAGCAGCUGGGAAGGCUAAAGAAUCUUACUUUACUUGAUAUCAGCCAUAACAAACUCAGAGGUGGAUUGGCUGAGACUCUCAAAGAACUUGCUUUCAUAAAGCAUUUAGUUUUGUCCAACAACCCUUUAGGGGGUGAUCUCUCAGGAGUCAAGUGGGAAAAUUUCCUAAACACAGAAACCUUGGAUCUUUCUAACAUAGGUUUGGAAGGGAGUGUCCCAGAGUCCAUGGAAAAAAUGAAAAGGCUUAGAUUUCUGGACCUCAGCAACAAUAAUCUCUCUGGAAAUGUUUCAAGAAGUUUGGAAAAUCUGACAUGUCUUGGAGCUCUUCAUGUAAAUGGAAACAACUUGACUGGGAGACUUGACUUCUCAGAGAGGUUUUACAUGAAAAUGGGAAUGCGCUUUGCUGCUUGGAAUAAUGCAAAUCUCUGUUACAUUGUCAAAUCAAAGCACCAAGUGCCUUAUGGAGUAAAACCUUGUGUGCAGAACAUUACUAUAUCUGAAGGGUUUUCAACUGUCAAAAUAACUGAAGGGAAUCACGAAGAUUCCUCUGUAGUGGCCUCUUUGGGAGGCUCAGGUUUUUAUGGACUUUGGUGGGUUUUCACUGUAAAUGGAGUUCUUAAUGUUUUCCUGUGGAACAUGUUAUCUUAGUUCAUCAGAGAAAGAAGUAGCUACAAUUAACACUGAUGUCAUCUCUUGCCAAACAAAUUUAUGACCUCUAAUUUCUAAUACCUGCAUUAUGAAUUUAUGAUGGCCCAGAAAAUGUACAUUCAUAUUUCCCUAAUCAGCAUAUCUUCACACUCUUAAGUCGAAACUCUCACGCAUAUUUGAUUUAACA